AGUUUUUUGUUUGUUUGUAAAUAACAGCAUAAACUGUAAGUUAAGAUUUUUAUCGUUUGUUAAUCAGAUAUAUAAAUUUGAUAAUAUAAUAGCAAAAAGAUGGAAAGUUUUCCUAUUGUUGAUGUUUCUUAUUACUAUCAGCAUUUUUGCAAUGAAACAGUUCCAUCUUUGGAAUUUUUAACUGAUAAAUUUGUUAAUAAAAUUGCGGACGAACUUCUGAGUGCAUUUCAAGAUUGGGGUUUUGUGUACUUGAAAGGAACUGGUUUUUCGCCAGAAUACGUUCAAAGCUUGUUUGAUUCAUCGCGGGAGUUUUUUCAUCAAAGUUUAGAAGAAAAAAACAGAGUUUUAUGUAAUUCUAGUGAUUUGUCAAAUCCUUUUGGGUAUGUUCCUUUUAAAUUUGAAACAUUUGACAGAAACAAACCGUUUGAUUUAAAGGAAGCUUUUGAUUACUUGCCUUGGAUUACGGAAGAUAUCAAGUCAAAGUUACCUCAGAAGUUUUCAGUUAUGAUGAACGAUAUGUUUUCAAAAUGCCACGUUUUAACCAUGAGACUUUUGCGAUUAUUAAAUCUGGCUCUUCGUAUUGAAGAUCCCCAAUUUCUUGAAAAAGCGCACAAGUUUACGUCAAUUCAAGGGAAAAAUCACACAAUAUUAAGAAGUCUUUACUAUCCAGGCGUAGAUAAAUCACUUAUUCAACCUUCUCAAUCACGUUGCGGUGAACAUACCGAUUAUGGAACUAUUACACUUUUGUUUCAGGAUGAAACCGGAGGUUUAGAGGUUCAAUCACCAAACGGUAAUUUUAUUCAUGCAACUCCAAUACCAAAUACAAUUGUUGUAAAUGCAGCAGAUUUACUUGAAAGGUGGACUAGCGGAAAAAUAAAAUCAACAAAACAUCGUGUUGUAUCUCUAGGAAAUCCUGAAAAACCACGGCAGUGCAUUGCAUUCUUUUGCCAACCAGACGACGAAGUUCUAGUAUCCUGUCUUGAUGGGUCAGACACUUAUCAACCUGUAAAUUCUUUUAAUUUUCUUAAAGAGAGAUUACUUAGCUCGUAUACUAAAUAGAAUGUUUGUAGUAACAUUUUGUAUUACUUUAUAUAAAAUAUAAAAAAUAUUUGUUUAA